AUGCUGUUCAAAGUCAAUUCCAGAUCCCUCCUAUGGACUUUCCUUCAAGUUGUUCUUGCAUUAUGCUUGCUGCAACCCACGUUAAUCGCGCCCGUAGCAGCAGUCUCUAGCACCCAACCAUCCGCCCCGGGAUUGUCAUUCCUCUACACGGCCUAUGUAGAAUGCAAGGGCAACUUGAUGGAAGAGCACGGUCCCCACGGAGUCCGCAAAGCCAUCCCUAUUGUCGGAGGCAACUUCACUGGACCUAGACUUUCUGGUGAAAUCAGGGACCUGGGUGCCGAUUGGGGUACCAUUGAUCCCAAAACCAAUGUAUUCUCCGCAGACACUCGGUACAACUUGAAGACCCACGAUGGCGCGGAUAUCUUCAUCCAAACAUCGGGCCCGAUGUCUCCCUCUGGCCAGCUGCACCUGCGAUUAAUCUUCGAGACUGGGAGUGAGGAGUAUUAUUGGUUGAAUAACAUCGUUGCCAUCGGUAUUUUGACGCCCGUCGAGCGAUCGGACGAUGGUUCGGUGCUUCGGAUCGAUGCUUGGAAUUUUGCUUCGGACUGGAAUUCGACGUCUUUUGUCGGUAGCACUUGA